AUGACCUCUUCAACUGGUCCCCGUAUACGACGCACCACACAAAAUACUCUUCUCACAUACAACCUCUCCCGACGGAUACACGAUGUCCAGACAUACCCAACGCAGUCACCACAAGGAGCGACCGUUCUAAUUUACGGCCACGAAACCGGCGUGACCGUAGUAUGGCGUGGUGGUCGUCGCUUCAAACCCUCACAGAAACCGGAACCCGCAAAGCAGCACCAGAAUGGAGGCUCUGCCGAUGCCGGCGUCAUGGUGAUCGACUCGGACGACGAAGAGCCAGCCGCCAAGACAACGAGCGCCGCUGCGUUUGUGGACAAGCCCGAGUUUGAAGCCUCGACCGAAGAAGCGCCCUAUCCCGAAAUCAUCCAGACCCUCGACCUCACGCUUGGCACGUCGGUGCUGCACGUGGCCGUCUUGCCCAACAGCCCUAACACGGCCGACGGCGCUGCCACGGGCGCUACCCUACUCGGCGACAAGCUCGUCUUUGCCGUGUCGUGUGCGAGCAACGAUGCAUACGUGAUUGUGCUGCCGAGCACACCGCCAUCCCCGGAGAGCAAGGCGCGCCCGGAGCUGCGCAUCGAUUUGUUGGCCGGGCAGGCUGGCUCCGGCGCAUGGGGCGAGUCACUCAUUGGGCUGGGAGGCCAGACGAGACCGAGCGACGGGCUGGCGGUUGCGCUCGCGAGAACCUCCUCGUCCGCACAGCCGGUCAGCCCGCCUCGUCUGAUCGUGGCGGCACACUGCAAGCAGGCGUCUGGUGUUCUGCGGCUUUGGGACGUUGCGCUGGAUGUGAAGUCAGGCCGACCGCUGGAACCUUUCCAGACAGAAUACCUGCCCAAUCCACUAAAGAGCAUCUCCUUCAACCCUACCCACGGCACACAGCUCCUUACCGUAUCCGUCACGGCUGCUACCCGAAUCUACGACUACGCGGCCUCUUCUAUACCCAACGACCCCGAGGCUACUGGCCCAUUCCCCGGCCAGGGUUCGUGGCUUCUCUCUCUAUAUCAGCCAUUCGCGAAGCCUUCGUCAGCAAGGAAGCCGAUUUUGGAUGCUGCGUGGAUAGCAAGAGGCCAAGCAGUUUUCGUGCUGCUUGCUGAUGGCAUGUGGGGAAUUUGGGAUAUUGAUGGUGUGAGCCCGCUGUCUGCCGGUGCGGCCAUGUCGACAAAACUCAAGUCUGGUGUUCGCGGCGCGGCUCUGACGGCCUUCAGCAUAUCGGGGUAUGUCGAAGGCACAGGCUCUUUGCGCAGCAUCGCCAACCAAAAUAAGGAGACACAGCAGGGCGAGUUUGCACCCAUGACACCGCACACCCGUAAGCAAGCUACUGCUUCGCUGAACUCUACAAACACACUGGAGAGGCUUGCUGCCAUACAUGGUGGAGUGCGAACGGCGGUCAUUCCAUCGCUCAAGAAGGCAUCGCAGGAUGAGGCCUUAGUUCUAUGGGUUGGCGGUCUGGAGCAUGUCUGCGUGGUGCCGCACGUCGCCCGGUUCUGGGAUUCGCAGCUGAACAAGGGAUCUGGUGGCGGUGUGAACCUGUUUAGCGGUGGCCUGCCCUCGAAAAUGACUAAGCUUGCCGACUUGGCUACUGGCUUGCUAGGAGAGCCAUGCUGUGGCGUCGACCUUAUCCCGGCCCAGAGCUCUGGUGCGCUCGCUGAUGGUGGCAUGGCUGUAGAGGUAGUCAUCCGUGGCGAAUCGAGACUUGUUAUUGCCCGGGACGGCGACGAAAGCGGGAGCAAGAAGCUCGCGCUGUAUCGACCCAGACGCCUCUUCUCCAAGGAGCGCCCAAAUGCCAUCAUCGUGCAUGGGGAGAAGGACAAGGCCGCGCCGAAGCUGUCUUUUAACCUCAGUACAGCCAAGGCUGGUUCGCUGCGUCUCAGGUCGGCGGCCCCUGCCGACCAGGAUCACGACAUGGAAGUGGAAUCUCCGACCGUUGCGUCGCGGAAGCGCGUUGGCUUUGACUUUGCCAACACGCUCAGCGCUGCAGCGGACGAGACGGCGGAUAUUUCGCGUGACGUGGAGGCUGAGAUGCUGGGCAUUAUGGAAAUUGACCAAGCAUUGGAGUCGUUGAAUGGGACGCCCACCAAUGUCCGAAAGAGGGUGUUUUUUGACGAGUAA